AUGGAGGAUGUCGGCUGGCCCCCUGAGAUUAGGCUGCACCCUGAUUGGAUUCCCAAACACCUCAUGAUCUCUCCUACGUCACCUGUGGGACCUUUCAGUGAGAGCAGUGGCCAUGGAGAAUGGAAGAUGGCAGAGUCAGAUAAAAGGCGCUUUAUCGCCGCCAAACAGAUGGCAGAAGGAUUGCCAUUAGCCUGGAAUGGAGUGGGAGCUGUUGGCACGGCCACACUGUUGCUGCUGGCCUGCCCGGCAGCAGAACUUGUCCUGCAGAAUGACGAGGAGGUCCUGCCCUUUAGCAGCUUCCUGGCACCAGAGGUGCCUCGAGAGUUCAGAUGCGCCUUGGGUGAGAUGGACGAAGGAGCCGGGGGCCCUCUGGAAGACGACUGCCUGUCCGAGAAGGAAGGAAGCACUUCAGAUCAUGAAGGAUCCUUGGAGGGCGACUCUGCCGGGUCCCCGGGCAGCGAGAGGGCCGAGUCCAAAGAGGAGAAUCUAGAAGAGUCAGAUAAGACACAAAUGCCAGAGACCGAUCUGUGGAUGGGGCCAGACGAGUUGGAGCUCCUGACCUCCCAGGCGGAAAGCAAGGUGUGUGCCAAACACAGCCUCCCCGGUGGAAUGUUUUGGGGCCCGUUCCCGGGAAAUAUCCACAGCGAGCCGCCUUCUCCAGGACUGACCGAGUUGCUGAACCCGCCCGUGACCCUGAUCCUGCAGGAUGACACGUGCUGGCUGGCCAAGCUGUCCUUGGUUCCUGGCGAAGGGGACGCCAAUUCGGUGAUCUACAAGAAAGAUGACUCCAUUUGGUGUAAAACCACCAAGCCUCUUUCCGAAGGAGAUGCACUGAAGGCGUUUGUCAUGGCCGAACCGGUGGGGAUCCCCAACCACACUGGGAAGACCGAGAGUGGGGAGUCCGCUCCCCCUGUCGCUCUGCCUUCCGAAAUCCAGCUGCUUCCCCAGCAAGCGGGGAUGGCAGCCAUCUUAGCCACGGCAGUUGUCAACAAGGACGUCUUUCCCUGCAAGGACUGCGGCAUCUGGUACCGGAGCGAGCGGAACCUGCAGGCUCACCUGAUGUACUACUGUGCCAGCCGCCAGAACGCCGCCUCGCCCGCCCUGGACGAAAAGCCCAAGGAUGCCUACCCCAACGAGCGCAUCUGCCCCUUUCCCCAGUGCCAGAAGAGCUGCCCCAGUGCCAGCUCCUUGGAGAUUCACAUGCGCAGCCAUAGCGGAGAGAGGCCGUUUGUCUGCCUCAUCUGCCUGUCUGCCUUUACAACAAAAGCAAACUGUGAGCGACACCUCAAAGUACACACAGAUACCCUGAACGGUGUCUGCCACAGCUGUGGCUUCAUCUCCACUACUCGGGACAUCCUCUACAGCCACCUGGUUACCAAUCACAUGAUCUGCCAGCCUGGCUCCAAAGGAGAGGUCUACUCCCCAGGCCCCACCAUCCCUGCUUCCACCACUAAACCAAUGGCCCUGGGUUCGUCCUCCACAUUCAAGUGCAGCUUCUGUGGCUACGUGGCCAAUUGCUUGACCAGCCUCCAGCAGCACGUGGCUUUGCAUAGCACCGCGGCGACAGCUCUGCCCAACUCAGAGCCCAAAGCUGUUCAGCAGAGCCCGCCAGAGGCACCCGCCAAAUCCCCUUUACAAGAAGUGAGGGGGUCCCCUGCAGAGGAAGCGAGAACUGGGUCGCCUUCCCAAGGAAAGAGUCCCAACUGGGUUGAUGGGGCACCACCUGUGCAAAUCAAGGAAGAGCCUUUGGAUGAGGGGGAAAACCCUCAAGGAGCCUCCCAAGAAGAGGCAGCUCCGGAACCGGAGGCCGAGCUGGAUGCAUCCCCCAGUGUGCCCUCGCCCCACAGCCUGCACUCUGUAAAGGUGAAGUCAGAGAUCACCAGCCCCACGCCAGGAUCCAGCCCGGUGCCCAGCGAGCUUGGCGCCAGCACCUCCGGAGGCACCGUCUUUCUGCCCCAGUACAUGUUUGGCCAUGAAGCCACCGUGAUGCCCCAGGCGUCGGAGAUCUUGGCCAAGAUGUCCGAGCUGGUUCACAGCCGCCUAAAGCAAGGCCACGGUGGGGUGCCACCUGUCCUCUUUCCAGGCACCCCGGUGCCCAAGGGUGCAACCUGCUUUGAGUGUGAGAUCACGUUCAACAACAUCAACAACUAUUAUGUCCACAAGCGUCUUUAUUGCUCCAGCCGCCGCCUCGCUGAGGAGAGCCCCACUGCCCUGCGCAAGGCCAAGAUGUCUCCCGCCACUGCACCCAAAGGCCCAAGCGCUGCCGGGGCACGUCUGUCACCCGGAGAGAGCAGCGCAGCCCAAGAGGGGGAACUGGAAGGAAAUGCCACCCCUCCCGCCCUAGAGAUCAAGCAAGAAGUCAAAAUGGAGGAGGGCGGAACCAAAGCCAGCCCCUCCCCUGAGACAGAUGGAACUGGGCGCAUCAGCGAGGGGAGCCCAAGUCCAGGCGCCAGCUCCGUGGAGGAACCAGAAGAUGACCCCAACCGGACCAUCUGCGAAGCCUGCAACAUCCGCUUCAGCCGCCACGAGACCUACAUGGUGCACAAGCGCUACUACUGCGCCUCCCGCCAUGACCCCCCCCUGCGCCGGACCAGUGCGGCCGGCAAGCUGCCCUUCCUCCCCCAACCGAUUCGCACACGCAAACGCCGCAAGCUGUAUGAAAUCCACAACGCCAGCAGCCAAUUGGGGGCUGCCCCAGAGGUCCCUCGCCCCGAGGCGUCCCCUGUGGUCCCUGCUCUCAUUUCGGUGGUCAAGGCCACCCCGUCUCCCAGUUCGAGCCCAGACGCCGAGGGCCCCAUCGACCUCAGCAAGAAGCCCCGCCUGCACAGCGGGAGCCGAGUGCUCCCAGGGAUCCUUCCCCUGGCGGACUACCACGAGUGCACAGCCUGCCGGAUCAGCUUCCACAGCCUCGACAGCUACCUGGCCCAUAAGAAGUACUACUGCCCAGCCACGCCCUUGCAGCCCAGCACCAUGGAGCAGCUGCAGAAGAUCAAGGGGGCCACCCCAGCACUUCUGAAGCCCCAAGAAAGCCCAGAGGGUCGGGCUGAGGAACCCGAAGGGGUAGCAAUCAAGGUGGAGAAGGUGGCGCCUUCCUUGAGCCCCGUGGCUGCACCAGCCAGCUUCUCUGCUGUAGAGCCACUCCAGCAGCAGCAACGCUACCUGGAGGGCAAAGCCCAGCACCUCGCAGGUGCCAAGGUGCCCCUGGCUGUGUGCCCUUACUGCCCCAUCAAUGGCACCGUGAAGGGAGACUUGGUAGAGCACUUCCGAAAUACUCAUGGACUGUUUGUGACCAAAACAGCAGCAGGGCCCACGUUGAUAGAGGCCACCCGGACGCUGGCCGAUAGCAGCCCGCUUCCCUCACUGCCAGCCACCUCCCCGCCACAGCCAGCCCCCAGACUACCCAAAGACAGCUUCAAUGGCAAAGAGGCGCCCAUCCCUCCCCUGUCCAAUGGGAGCCCUCGACCAACGCCUUCUCCACAGCCCCUCCUGCCACUUUCCCCCUCUGUCCCCUUGCCCCUCUCUCCCCUGCCCGAGGCCCUCCCCAGCGCCCCCCCUCCUGGGUAUACGGACAAAGGUGCGCAGACCCCUUCCGGCAAAGGGCUGCCCACCCCCGUGGCCAACGGCAGCCACCGGUAUUGCCGCCUUUGCAACAUCAAAUUCAGCAGCCUGUCCACCUUCAUUGCCCACAAGAAGUAUUACUGCUCAUCACAUGCGGCCGAGCACAUCAAGUAG